UUUAUGCCAUGUUUCCCAACUCUCCCAUUUUCUCGAUUCAAAUUCUUGAAGAAGAUAGAGAGAGAUAUAAAGGGCUCCAUGGUCACAGUCAAACACAUCAAUUCUUGCAUUUUAGAUCUUCAAAUCAAACGCUCAACUUCUUAAACUAAGCAAAGCGGAGCUCAUCUUCCCACCAUGGCAAUCGAGAAGGCCAUGGUCUCUCUCUUUCUAUUAGCUCUGUUCUUCAUUGGCGCCGCAUCUCAGAGUCCUGCUCCCAACGCUUACACCAACCACACAGUCGGCGGCGGCGCCGGGUGGUUCUUCAAUGUCACCACCGAAAAGACCUCCGCCGACUACUCUACUUGGGCCGCCACACAAACCUUCAAUCUUGGGGACUUCCUCAUUUUCAAUACGAACACUAACCAGACAGUUAUCCAAACAUACAAUGAGACCACAUAUAAGAGCUGCACCAUGGACGAUCCUUCUGAUGAUACCUACACGUUUCUAGGAGGCAGCAAUGAAUUUGGCAAAGCAGUAACUGUAGCAGUGCCACUGACCAUAGAGGGCGCGCAAUACUAUUUUUCAGGCGCUGAUGAUGGGGUCCAGUGCCAAAAUGGCAUGGCAUUUGAAAUAAAAGUUGGCCAUGGGCUUGGACUUCCUCCAAGCCUCAACCAACCCCCACCUCCACCCUAUGUUGAUCCAGCAUCUUCACCGAUAGAGUCCCCGCCUAUCACUGUCAUUGACAACUCACCAAAUAGAGGUGUGAGGUGCAGUAUAAGCAUAUUCCAAGUGGUAUUUGUGCUAGUUGCUUUAGUGUCAUAUUUGGUGUGAGCUUAGUUGUUACAGAUAUUUCAGUUCUCCUAGCCUACAUUUGUUAGAUUUUUGUAGUUGAUUAACUAAUGUCUUGGCUAAACAAUGUUAAGACAUUCUUCAUUUAAUUUGACAUUUUUUUUGUACAUUUUGCCCCUUGUGGUUUACCAUGCCUUCUGUGAGGCAAUAUACAUGGUUGUUGCAAAAAA